GGGCGGGAGGGCUCGCGGAGGGCGGGCGCACCGGCAGCAGGUGGGCGGGGUGCGGGCCGGCGAAGGCGGGCGGGGGGCGGCAGGCUGCGCUGGGGCCGGGCGCGGCCCGCCGUGCGGUGCGCCAUGGACUUCAACAUGAAGAAACUGGCGUCGGACGCGGGCAUCUUCUUCACUCGGGCGGUGCAGUUCACGGAGGAGAAGUUCGGCCAGGCCGAGAAGACCGAGCUGGACGCCCACUUUGAGAACCUCCUGGCCCGGGCCGACAGCACCAAGAACUGGACGGAGAAAAUCCUGAGGCAGACGGAGGUGCUGCUGCAGCCCAACCCCAGUGCCCGAGUGGAGGAGUUCCUGUACGAGAAGCUGGACAGGAAGGUGCCCUCGAGGGUCACCAACGGGGAGCUGCUGGCUCAGUACAUGGCAGAGGCGGCCAGUGAGCUGGGGCCCACCACUCCCUACGGGAAGACGCUGAUCAAGGUGGCAGAAGCUGAAAAGCGCCUGGGAGCCGCGGAGCGGGAUUUUAUCCACACGGCCUCCAUCAACUUCCUCACGCCCCUGCGCAACUUCCUGGAAGGGGACUGGAAGACCAUCUCGAAGGAGAGGCGGCUCCUCCAAAACCGGCGCCUAGACUUGGAUGCCUGCAAAGCGCGACUGAAGAAGGCCAAGGCCGCGGAAGCCAAAGCCACGUGUGAGGGAGAUACGGUGCCUGACUUUCAGGAGACUAGACCUCGUAAUUACAUUCUCUCGGCCAGCGCCUCCGCGCUCUGGAAUGAUGAGGUGGACAAGUCCGAGCAGGAGCUCCGAGUGGCCCAGACAGAGUUUGACCGGCAGGCAGAGGUGACCCGUCUCCUGCUGGAAGGAAUCAGUAGCACUCACGUGAACCACCUCCGCUGCCUGCACGAGUUCGUCGAGUCUCAGACGACUUACUAUGCGCAGUGCUACCGCCACAUGCUGGACUUGCAGAAACAGCUGGGCAGCUCCCAGGGAGCCAUAUUUCCAGGCACCUUCGUGGGCACCACGGAGCCCGCCUCCCCGCCCCUCAGCAGCACCUCGCCCACCACCACUGCGGCCACCAUGCCUAUGGAGCCCUCGGCGGCGGGCCUAGCCCCUCCGGGAGAGGCCUCGCUCUGCCUGGAGGAGGUGGCGCCACCCGCCAGCGGCACCCGCAAGGCCCGGGUCCUCUACGACUACGAGGCGGCCGACAGCAGCGAGCUGGCCCUGCUGGCCGACGAGCUCAUCACUGUCUACAGCCUGCCUGGCAUGGACCCCGACUGGCUGGUCGGCGAGAGGGGCAACAAGAAGGGCAAGGUCCCUGUCACCUACUUGGAACUGCUCAGCUAAGCAGGACCUCCCAGGCCCCUGCUGGUCCCGUCCCGGGCAGGACAGGAUGGGUGCAGCCCUGCCGUUUGUCUUGUCUGCUGGUGACCUAGCCAGCCGCUCAGGGUGGGGGACCAACCCCCUCCUGUCCCUGCCCAGUCACCAGCUGUGAGGGGCCUCAGAGGUGGAAUGUCCCUUGCCCCUCCCCCAGCCCUGCUUCUGACCUGGUUCUGGAGCCCCCCGAUCCUGCCUGCGUCCCCCGAGCACCCCAGCCCUCCUGGCUCCUCUGAGGAGGGAGACGCUGGCUGCAGCCUCUGCGCUCAGCACCUCGGCCUGCGGGGGGGGGUCAGCGUCGAGGGCCUGAGGAGGCCAUGGGGUUCACCGCUGGCGAAGAGAGCACUGCUUUUUAGUUGCCAAAAGCAGCAAAAGGGGGAAGGGCAGGCGGGUCUGCGGCGGGCCCGUGGGACUGGACGCUGUCACCUCUGGGCAAACUGGAGCAGAGGGGAGCCUGGCCAGAGAGGCAGGGCCGGCCACCGAGCGGCAUCUCCCCGGUGCUACCCUCCCCCUCGCACCCUAGAGCUCGAGCCAAGUAUGGCGGCUGCAGCCUGCACCUCUCCACACUCAACUCACUUUUUAACUGAUCUUUUUACUCUGCCUGUGCUUCGCUCUCUAGCCAGUGACGAAUAAUAAACCACCCUUGGUGUGCA